AUGGCUACAGACAGAACCGAAAAUUUUAAUCAGUUUUACCAAACUUUUAACCUCAGUUUUACACACAAUGUCAAGAAUGAAUUAAAAAAAAUCAUUAAUCGCAGCAAAUCUACUGGAAAAAUACCACCGAUACAUUUGCAAGAAGAUUUAAAACGUAAUGACUCGCCUGAAAUAAAGAUCCAAAAGGUUUUUGUUCCUUUUUUGCAUGAGCGCGAUAGCGUAGGAAGACUUCUUACUUCAGAACCCACUAGAACAAAAUUGUGAAAGCAUGCAUCAAUUGACCGUUAUCAAGAAGAAGCUGAUUUAAGGAAAAAGAGAAAAAUGAUGCUGAUCUUUCCAAAUCGCCGAGAAACUGUAGGUCCUGUAUUUGCUCAGUAUCAUAACCCUAUACCUUGGAUUAAAAGAAGCUACUCAACACAUAAAAUUAAAAAGCCUAAAGAAAAUAAGACUUUAGACAGCCCAGAAUUAAAAGCCAAAACUCCAGAUAUCAGUCCUAUUAAAGCUCAUUCGGAAAAAGUUGUAAAGAAAUAUAAGAGGCAGUUGACGAAUUUUUUAUUGAGGAAUAUUCAUAAGAGAAAAAGAGAUACAAAAGAGGAAGAAUUUACAAAAUUUGAUAUAUUAAAGCCAGAAGUCUUGGCAAAGAUCAGAGCAAAAAAUAGUUUUGGGAGUAUCAAAAUACAUGGUACACCCAGCGAGAUUGAAGAAGUUCUGAAAUUUAAUUAUAUAAGAGAAAGGGAAAAGGAAAUUACAAUUGAGCUAAAAGCAAUUUCAAGCGCCUUGCAAAAGAAUAGAGGCUCAAAUUAG